UGCUCACCCGGCGCAGGCUGCCCCGCCCGCACUCUCGGGGGCAGGCGCAGCCAGGGCGGCCGUCGGGAGGCGGCGGCGGCGGCGGCGGCAUGAGCCACUACCAGCUCCCGGUGGUGAUCGACAACGGCUCCGGCGUGAUCAAGGCCGGCCUGGCGGGGUCGCGGGAGCCCCAGUUCGUCUACCCCAACAUUAUCGGCCGACCCAAAGGCCAGGGCGGCGGGGCCAAGGGCGCGGUGGAGGUGUGUGUGGGUGACCAGGCGCAGGAAAGGAGAAACGCGCUGUCCAUCAGCUACCCAGUGGAGCGCGGUCUGAUUACUUCCUGGGGGGACAUGGAGAUCAUGUGGAAGCAUAUCUAUGAUCAUAACCUGAAGCUAAAGGCCUGCGAUGGCCCGGUCUUGAUUACUGAGCCAGCGCUGAACCCAUUGGCGAAACGGCAACAGAUCACUGAAGUGUUUUUCGAGCAUCUACAGGUUCCUGCCUUCUAUAUGUCCAUCCAGGGGGUGCUGGCUCUCUUUGCCAAUGGCUUCACAACUGGCUAUGUGCUGAAUUCAGGUGCUGGGGUUACCCAGGGUGUACCCAUCUUCGAGGGUUACUGUCUGCCUCAUGGUGUCCAGCAGCUAAAUCUGGCAGGCCUUGACCUCACCAACUACCUCAUGAUGCUGUUGAAGGACCAUGGCAUCAUGCUGCUUAGUGCUGCAGACAGAAAGAUUGUCGCAGAUAUUAAGGAAACCUCUUGUUAUGUGGUAAUGAACUAUGAAGAGGAAAUGGCCAAGAAUCCUGAAUCUGUAGAGAAAGUUUACCAGCUACCUGAUGGGAAGAUGAUCAAGCUCCAUAACCAGCUCUUUCAUUGUCCAGAGGCCCUCUUCUCUCCACAUCUUCUGAACCUUGAGACUCCUGGCAUCGAUAAGUUGUGUUUCAGCAGCAUAAUGAAAUGUGAUACAGAUCUGAGGAAUUCAUUUUUCUCCAAUAUUAUCCUUGCUGGGGGAUCAACCUCUUUCCCUGGUUUAGACAAGCGGCUAGUUAAAGAUAUAGCAAAUAUGGUGCCUGCCAAUACGCCCGUGCAGGUUACAGCUCCCCCAGAAAGGAAACUAUCAGUGUGGAUGGGAGGCUCGAUUCUUGCAUCCCUGUCUGCCUUCCAGGACAUGUGGAUCACUGAGGCAGAAUUUAAAGAAGUUGGACCUAACAUAGUACACCAAAGAUGCUUCUGAAUA